CAACUCACUCAGUAAUACUACCUCCUGAGGAGAGAAUCUCAGUACACGUGUUGUAGAAGGCCCGAUCAGAGGGUAGCCUUGCCGUUAUAAAGAAUAACGCACCAAAACGACGAAGUUCAUCGCCUUGGUAGUACAAUAGAAACAUUCGCAACAGGUGUUUUGCACUAUACCAAGAGCACGUAUAUUGUAAGGCGCUUGGAAUCAUGGCGAUGUCGAUUCGGAAUUUGUUGUUUUUUAUUGCCUGCCUGGGAUUAUUCAGCAGUGCCAAGAGCAAACUGUGCUCAGAGCUGUCGCUGAAGAGCGGUUUUGCAUGUGACAGGGAUGAUAUGGAAUAUCGCAGAUAUUUCUUAUGUGUUCCGGGGUUGGAUAUGCCAUACGUGUACAACUGCGCUAGCGGCACGUACUGUAACGAUGACGUCACAUUCCAGUGUGGAUUCACGAAACCAAACAGACAAGAACCGGAAACAACAACAACUACUACUACAACUACGACCUCUGAGACGCCUAUCGACCCGUGUGCGUUGACGAUAUGUUCCAACGGAGGAACGCCAACAGCUUCUGGAUCGUCGUGUACUUGCCGCUGUCGCCCAGGGUAUACCGGCGCCAGGUGUAAUCUAGAUGUCAAUGAAUGUCUCAGUAACAACGGCGGCUGCCAGCAGAUGUGCAGAAACUUCUGGGGCGGCCACGAGUGUCGGUGUCAGGCCGGCUAUAGACUGGGGGCAGACGGGAAGUCUUGUCAUGACAUAGAUGAGUGCCAGGAGAUGUACAAGUGUGACGUCAACGCCGUAUGCCAAAACACACCCGGCAGCUACACGUGCAAAUGCAACGCAGGGUAUGUGGGAGACGGACACACGUGUACAGAAAUCAAGACAGAACCAGAACCAUUCAACUGUACGGGAAAGCGAAACCUCUGGUACCCGGACCCCGAGAGCUGCAUUGUUUUCUACCAGUGCACGAACGGCCAACUGGAAGAAAUGAAGUGCGGCCUGGGGUACUUCUUCAACGCCUACACUGUCAGCUGUAAUAGCGCUACGUUCGAGAUUAAUGCCGGGAAAUGCCUCGCUGAUGGAAGCCGGGUAUCAGAGGACUCAGACAAAGAGAAGCCGUUCGUGUGCCCAGGUCCUGGUUACUACCCUCACCCCACUGAAUGCUCCCAGUAUUACAGCUGUAUCCUGGACAGCUACGGGAAGUUCGUCAAGUCUCUGAUGACCUGCCCGGACCAAUUUGGCUUUGAUAGUAAUCCCUCCAGUUUUGGUUGUGUCUUCAUGCUGCACCUUAGCCACUGUGAUAGCAACGGAAAAGUGAUUGAUCCGACGGAGAGAAACGCCACUACAUCCGGGCCCCUCACCACCACGACGCCUGCGCCCCGUGAGCCCUGCACGGCCGGCGAGACCGGAGAGAAGAAAGUCAACCUCGAAGACUGCCGCCAGUUCUACGUGUGCACCAACCUGGAGUGGGUCCUCUACGACUGUGCCCCGGGGUUGGUCUACAGCACCGCCAGGGGGAUCUGUGACUGGGACGUCAAUGUCGACACGUGCGAUAACGGUAACGUGGUAACCAGACCCCCCACGGCGGUCGACUGCGCUGAUGGGCGAGAGAGCGGGUACUAUCCCGAUCUCUCCACUUGCCAAAAGUUUGUUGUGUGCGAGGACGGGAAGUUCCUUGGGGAGUUCAGCUGUGCCGCGGGGACGUUCUUUGAUGAGGUCGGCAAAGGCUGUCAGCUUAUUGAAGAUAUGGUGGAGAAAGGGGAAUGUAGACAAAAUGGCGACAGAAUUCCGAAAGAAGACCGAUUCUUCACCUGCCCGAAGGACUCCGAGCAGACGAUGUUUCCUCACCCUCUGAACUGCACCAAGUUCUUCCUGUGCCUGCCCACCUCGUACUCGGUGGUCAACUGUAACGAGGGCUAUGCCUGGAGCACUGACGUCUGUCUGCCUAUAGACCAGGUGACCACCUGUGGGCCGAACCUGGAGUAUGUGAAAGAUACAGACAGCAAUGGAACCACCAACAAGAUAUGUUGUGAAAUGGGUAAAGUCCCCUCAGAGAACAGCUGUGCAGAGCGAGCCGAGACGCUCUCAGAGCCGUGCAAGACUGCCUUCCUCGACUGCUGCACGGACAACGACAAAGACGGCGACAAUGACGCCGUUAAAAAGACGUGCUGUGCUAUGGCCACGAACCCAUCCGACCGAAGCUGUGCCGACAGAUCCGCCUCCCUGACUGAGCCCUGUAAGAGUGCUUUCCUCGGUUGCUGUACAGACGGAGCCCAGAACAGCGAAGAUGUUAAAAUAUCAUGUUGUGAGCAGGGAACAAAACCGUCGAGCCGAACCUGCGCCGAGAGAGCCACGUCCCUCUCCGAGCCUUGCAAGAGCUCCUUCCUCGGGUGUUGUACAGACGGUGGUGAUAGUAACGCCUUCCAUAAAGUAACAUGCUGCAAGUUGGGGUCGAACCCAUCCGACAAAAGCUGCGCAGACCGAUCGGCGUCCCUCAUUGAGCCCUGCAAGAGUUCUUUCCUCGGCUGCUGUAACGACGGUGAUGAGGACAACGUAGCCGCCACUAAGCAGAAAUGUUGUGACAUGGCGCUGGCGCCGUCUGACGGAAGCUGCGCCGAGAGAGCGCAGUCUCUGUCAGAACCCUGUAAGAGCGCCUUCCUCGGCUGCUGCAAGGGGCCCGAUUCAGGAAUUUUGGGAGGUAAUGGUACCACCGGAUCCAUUAUUAUUAAAAAUGCCACUAACAAUACCACACCAGAAAAAGCUGGUUGCGCUGUUAACAAUGGCGGCUGCUCUCACACCUGUACGGAUGCGGACGGCGGUGUCAAAUGUUCCUGUUCGGCGGGGUAUGUUCUGGGUAGCGACGGGAAGACUUGUGAAGACGAUGACGAAUGUGCGGUCAGGAACGGCGACUGUAGUCACACGUGUAAGAACAACCUGGGCGGAUACAAAUGUGAAUGUCCGAGUGGAUAUGAACUCGAGGAUGACCAACUCACCUGCAGGGGCCCAGACCCAUUGUGUUACGGAGGCCAGGUUUGGAAGACGUGUGGCAGCGACUGCACCGCCACCUGUGAGGAACGCGACACACCAUCGAUGUGUACCUUAAACUGCGUGGCGCGGUGUGAGUGUCCGCCAGAGAAACCCUACUAUCACAACUACAGAUGUGUGGACGA